AUGGCCUUGUGUGGUGGGACGACGGCUGCCUCUCAGCCUACCGAGGAUGAUUUGAGGAUUUUAAUGCCUGUUAUUGAGAAAUACUUGGAAGAGAAAUGCGGUCAAAGGCCUUCUGAUGUAAAGAUUACUGACGUAAGCCGUCAAAUUGUCGCUGGUGUUAAUUAUUUUGCGAAGCAUGAUGGUAACGUCUGGCACAUUCGCGUUCACCAACAACUGCCGUGUAAUGGGGGAUUGGUCUCAGUGCACAGCCAUAAAAUUCGACCCCUUAAACAUGCACUUUCGUUCUCUGAGAGCGGGGAUCUUUUCCGCGACAAAAACAGUUUGUAG